AGGAGACCCAUAUAGAGAGAGAGAUUGCAUACAAACUUUGACACAGACAUGGGACCAUUGUCCUGUACAUAAAAUUCGAGCUUUUUCGUGGACGACACGAUCCGAGUCUGCCGCUCCUCUUUCGUUUCUCUCUCUCUCUCUCUCUCUUACUCUCUUUCUCCAAAUACCUUUAUCUUUCUUUCUCUCACCCUUUCUUUACUUCGGUGUUUUUUUUUCUUGACUCAUAUUUCAAACCCCCCACAUGGAAAUGGAAGAUCAGUAUAACAUAGCCGAUCUAAGGCAACUCAUGAAUGGUCCUAGGUCUCAUUUCCCAGCUAUCCCUGAACCCCAAGACCUUUUCUCAGCUCACCAACACCGAAGCCUCACACCCACUUCUCAACAACACUACGAUAUGCUGAUGUUGAAUCGUCAUCAUCAUCAACAUCAACAAGUACCUCCGGAGCUUUUGCCUCGUGGCCUCCACGACUUUCGUGCUGAUUCUACUUCUACUCAAGCUGCCAUUACAACUGUCGCCGCCACUAAUACUGCUACUUCAACUCCAUCGCUCAGUGGGUUAGACGCUGAUACUGGUUGCUUAGGAGGCGACGCCGGCACCGGAAGAUGGCCUAGACAAGAGACUCUAACUCUUCUUGAGAUCAGAUCUCGACUUGAUCCUAAGUUCAAAGAGGCUAAUCAAAAGGGUCCCUUAUGGGAUGAAGUUUCUAGGAUCAUGUCUGAAGAACAUGGAUACCAAAGAAGCGGGAAGAAAUGCCGAGAGAAGUUUGAAAACUUGUACAAAUAUUACAAGAAAACAAAGGAAGGCAAGGCUGGAAGACAAGAUGGUAAGCACUACAGGUUCUUUCGACAACUCGAAGCUCUCUAUGGAGAAACCAGCAAUACAAACUCAGUCCCAGAAAGCCAUUUUGCGGGACACGGUCUUCGAUUUCAUACCAUAGGCCAGAAUAUCACUCAAGCAAAUCAAGAUGGCUUUCAAUCUCAAAAGCAUUGUGAUAGUCUUAGCCUAUCUAAUUCCUCUGAGUAUGGUACUUCUUCCUCCGAUGAUAAUGAUCUCAGCACCGCGGCGGCGAUGGUGGAGAAUGACUCGGGGGAGAAGAGGAGGAAAAGAAGAGGAAGAAGCUGGAAGGGAAAGAUAAAGGACUUCAUUGAUUCCCAAAUGAGAAAUUUGAUAGAGAAACAAGAGGCAUGGUUGGAGAAGCUGAUGAAUACCCUUGAACAGAAAGAACAAGAGAGGAUGUUAAAAGAAGAAGAAUGGAGGAAAGAAGAGGCAGCGAGGAUAGAAAGGGAGCACAAGUUUUGGGCUAAAGAGAGAUCUUGGAUUGAAGCUAGAGAUGCAGCUUUGAUGGAGGCAUUGCAGAAGCUAACAGGAAGUGAAGUAAAAGCUUCAUCUUCUGAGGCUCUAAUGGCUGCUGAAAUUCAAAACCAAAGUGAAAACCAGAAUGAGGAUGGAAGUGAAAUACUAAAUAAUAAUGGGAAAGGUGAAAGCUGGCCUGAGUCUGAGAUUAUGAGGCUAAUGCAAUUCAGGAAUGGAAUGGAAUUAAGGUUCAGGCAAAGUGUUUGUUCAGAAGAGGCUUUGUGGGAAGAAAUAGCAGGAAAGAUGGCUUGUUUGGGAUAUGAUAGGAGUGCUUUAAUGUACAAAGACAAAUGGGAACGCAUUAAUAAUUGUCAGAGAAGAAGCAAGGAAGGUUACAAGAAGCGCAAAGAGAAUUCAAGAAGCUGUGGCUACUUUCAGAAUAAUGAGUCUUCCCUAUACAAUCAAGGUGGGGCUUAUUGUGAAAUGAAUGAACAAGAGCCAGAGACUGUGAGACUACAAGGAAAUAAUGAUGGUUCUUCCCCUUCUAAUUCCAAUGCUGGGAAUUCUGUGCAUGAGAGUUGCUUUCCCUUCUUGAUGGCUGAUGGGGAAAACUUGUGGGAAAAUUAUGGUUUGAAACUCAACAAAAGCAAUCACAACCAGUAAGUAAAAAAAAAAAAAGCACAUAGAGUUUGUUAAGUUGUUCUAAUUAUCUGGAUUGGGAAGAAACUUUGAAGGGCGGGAAAACGUACGUAGUUGAAUUGUUAAGAGGUAAGAGGUUUGAAAAUGCCUCUGGUACAAUGGACUUACAUUGUGUAAGAGCUAGCUGACUGAAGAUUUAUGUAUAUUAGGACUUAGAAGCUGCACAUUUAAGAAUAAAAUAAUGGGGUUUGUGUUUUAUCAGUGUAAUGGGGAAAGGAGGAAGCAAUUAAUAUUUUGCUCAAAUUAUCGGGUUAUGGUCUCAAUGUUCUGUAAGUUUUCCAUUUUGUGAUAAAUUUCCCUUCUGUGCA